AUGGAUUCACAGGAAAUUGUUGAGGACUAUGUGAUUGUACCUGGUCCACCUGUUGAAGUUUCUUCUUCAGCAGGGAGUGUAUGCCAGGCAGCUAACUUGCCCAGCAGAUCUGGUGGUUCACAAGGAAAGUCUAUGAAGGAUGCCACAUUAAGUUCACCAAUGCCAAUAGCUGGCGUGAUGAUGGGGAACAUAUGUGGAAGUCUUGGAAGUAACAGUUCUGCACCAUCUGGGACCUCACUAGGGUCAGUAGAUAUUGGAGAUGUUUUGGAGCAGCCAUCUACUGAUUGUGUAACAUGGAUUAGAUCACUGCAGCAAUGUGCAUCUGCUAUCAGUGAGAGAGUGACUGAGAAGAUAGAAUGUGGCAAGUGCUUGGAGGCUUUUUCUGUUCAGUUGGUAAUUCUUGCAAUUUGGAGGCAAGCUGUAAACAUCUGCCAUGCACAAGCUGCUUCAGCAAGUGAACCUAAUCUAUCGCAAGAAACUGUAGGAAGAAGAGGCCACAUAACAUCACAUUACAUUGACAUCCUUGAUGCCCCCGGUACCACUGCGCUAGAAGGUCAAGUUGCUUGCUCCACGAUUGAAAAAGAUUUUCUUCUUGAAGUUGGGCGAGCAGAAGAACUAGCUCGUGAGCUUGGGCCAGUUGAUGGGGGCGCGGAGAUGCCUGAUGCAGUGGAGAUCAUUUUCCAAUUUGCCCUUGCAUUGGGACGUUAUGGUGGUGUAUGUAAACUUCUAAAAUAUUCUCUUGUGUCAAAACUGCAAGUAGGCUUGUUAGAAUUUAUAAUGUAA